CAGCUGGGGAGCAUCUUCACUGGCAGCCAGGGUGUGGAUUGAAACUUACCUGGCCAGCUGUCAGCAGCAACUCUGAAGGCAAGAAGACAUUUGAGUUCUACAAUGGAGUCUAUUGUUGUAGGAAACAACAAGUUUUGCUUUGAUUUUUUCCACAAGAUAAGCAAAGAUGACCAUCAUAAGAAUAUCUUUUUCUCUCCACUGAGCCUUUCAGCUGCCUUUGGCAUGAUCCACCUGGGGGCUAGAAGUAACAGCGCACAUCAGAUCAAUGAGGUACUACACUUCAAUGAACUUUCGCAGAAUGAAAGCAAAGAACCUGAGCCGUGUUUAAAAGGCAAUAAAGAGGUGCCAAUUGAUGACUGUCCAACAGGGCAGAAGCAAACAACGGGGUCUCCGGAUGUGCAGCCUGAAUCCUCAAGCAAUGAGAGUGAACUGCUUAGCUGUUACUUUGGGAAGCUUCUAUCCAGAUUAGACAGGAUCAAAGACUUCGACACCCUGAGUAUGGCCAACAGGCUUUAUGGUGAGCAGGAAUUUCCAAUUCGUCAGGAGUACUUAGAUGGUGUGAUUCAGUUCUACCACACGACGGUUGAAAGUAUUGAUUUCCAGAAAAACACUGAAAAAUCUAGACAGAUGAUUAACUUCUGGGUUGAAAGUCAAUGCCAAGGUAAAAUCAAGGAACUGUUCAGCAAGGACACUAUCAGUGAUGCAACUGUGCUGGUGCUGGUGAAUGCUGUCUACUUCAAGUCCAAAUGGGAAAAGAAUUUUGAUUGUAAAAAUACAGUUGAUGCACCCUUCUUUCUAACUGAGAAUGAACAGAAGAGUGUGAAGAUGAUGAAUCAGAAAGGCCUGUUUAGAAUCGGCUUCAUCGAGGAGCUGCAGGCACAGAUCCUUGAAAUGAGGUACACCGUGGGGAACCUCAGCAUGUUCGUCCUGCUGCCAUCUCUCUCUGCAGAUAAUGUGAAGGGCCUGCAGGAGCUUGAAAGAAAAAUAAGCUAUGAAAAAAUAGUGACCUGGAGCAGUUCAGAAAACAUGUCAGAAGAAAAAGUAGCCGUCUCCUUCCCCCAGUUCACCUUAGAAGACAUCUACGAUCUCAAUUCUGUCCUACAAGACAUGGGCGUUACUGAUAUCUUUGAUGAAACCAAGGCCGAUCUUACCGGAAUCUCCCCAAGUCCCAGUCUGUACUUGUCCAAAACCAUUCACAAGGCCUUUGUGGAGGUGGAUGAAGUUGGCACCCAGGCAGCUGCAGCCAGUGGCGCUGUUGGUGUGGAGAAGUCACUGCCGUCUUGGGUGGAGUUUAAUGCUAACCACCCUUUUCUCUUUUUCAUCCAACACAACAAAACCCAAACCAUUCUUUUCUGUGGCAGGGUCUACUGUCCCUGAAAGGGGCACACUGCGGUGGGAAGAAAAUGGCGACACAGUCUUCCCCUUGCAUUGCAUGAGCACUUGCAUUUCUGCUACUAUCUGAAGUUGACUGUAUUCUAUUACCAGCUGGUUGCUCUUUUCCUUCACCCAUCAGUCUGAGUUUGUCCUGAUCUUUCUCUUACCUCAAAGUUGAUUUUUCUUUCUCUGUUAGUUCUGAAAGGAUCUCACUUCCUCCCUAUCCACCUUACUUCCUCUCUAUCUUUUACUACCCUAAACUUUCAGUUACCUUCCUCCUUGUGAAGGAAUACUAAAAGUUCAAAUCAUUAGACUGAGAAGCAUCUGGCUCUCCCAUUUUUCCUCAUGGAGUGGAGGGGGCAUGGCUUGGCUAGGGGCUGUCAUGCCCUUCCCCUAAUUUCCUCCUUCAGUGACUGGGACAGCUUGUUUUGGUGUCCUCUCUGGCUACCUAGUGGUGUCCUACUUAGCUAUCUAGUGGUAUCCUAUUUAACUAUCUACUGGUGUCUUACUUGGCUAUCUAACAGCUAUUCUCUACUCCAGUGUGAGUGCAGCUUGACUAUCAGCAUGGUGACCCCUCCCAGCUCCUGCCAUUUUAGACCAUACUGUUGCCUUUUUGAAGAAGGGAGGAUGCACCCUGGCUUGGCUAAAAUCAGGGAAUGGGGCAUCUAGGCCCGUUGUUAAUAUCUUCUACAUUCACAGCCAGCCUUCCAGAAGAUUCUCUGGUUUUAGUCCUCCUCCCUCACUGGAUCUCUGCCUGAACAGCUGAGGGUGUCCUGGAGCACUGCACCAAUCACAGGUCUGUAGUUGGACCAAUCACAUGCCCACACUUGCUAUGUAAGCAUCACUCCCUACACACUCCUCUGUUUAGUCUAGGGGGCUACCUCCAGUGUACAUACCCUCCUGUGCUGUAGUACAGGCCCUCUUAAAAUAAAGAGUUGCUUUUGUGGUCCUAUCAACCUGCUCAUGAUUUAAUUCUCAGGUAGUGUGGGCUCUAAGAGUCUUGUAAAUCUUACCCUGAGUAGUAUGGACAGAGUGGUUGGUUAAACAGAAAGACAGCAAUAAACACUGAGGGUCAUUUGCAAUGAAGAACCCUAGAGACCAGCAGCCAGUAAGCUCAGUAGCAGAGACCAGCACUCAGCCGAGUUGACCUAUGAUGUUCAGCAAAAACUGGUGCCAAAUGGUGGCAAUUGGCAGAGGCAGUGAUCAGUUACUGGGUGUGUCAGCUGUUGGUGUCCAGCAUUAUCUGGUGUUCCUUGGUGACAUCAGGACUGUUAGCAGAGAUGCACUUUGCCAAUUCUUAAUUUCAGAAUUAUGCAAAAGAACCUCCAGCUGACUGGCAACAAGACUGCUUCUGAGAGAUGGCAUAUGCAGAAACCACUUUAACAUAGGUUGCAAGAGAAAAGGUUUGAAAUGUAUUUGGGAGACUCAGCUCUGUUUCUAGGGCAGUUAUAAUCAUGACCAUCACCAGGUGAGGUGUGCUGUUCUUCCUCUAGUCUCUUCUAUUACAUGCAAGAUGUCUCUGAGGACUUUUCAUUGGGAGAAGGUCAGGUUCAGGAGUAUAGUUAAGUGAUAGCCAGUGGUGUGUGAAUUCCCCAUCUAACAUUCCCCAUGCAGCUUCUCACAUAGCUGGAGCAAGAGAAUGAUAUUAAUAUUGUGAAUUUGACACUGAUCCAGCAAAGUGAAAAGUGGAUUUUAAAAAGUUUGUCUCAGUUUUCCAUAUUGAAUCUUCUAAGGUGCUUCCCUAACAUUUCCCCCUGCCUUUUCUUCACUGCCUUCCUCAGAGAAUCCCCAUUGAUUACUCCUGACUACCAGUGUGAGUCUGCUCAGUGGAAAGGGGGAUGCUGCCACUAUCGUGGAUGCCUGGGACUCCAUGCCUCUUUGCCUGCUCUUUGGCAGCAUGAACCCAUUUGUUCUGCCAAAGGCUGUAUGCCUGUCCACAUAGUGAGAACAAUUCUGGGCCUCAAUGCAUGUGGAGACCCUUUUCAGGAAUGGUGUUGGCUUCAUCAAACUCUGGGCUUCUAAAAGCUAGACUCCUCAAAGAUCAGAUUCCUGGGUCCUCCAGUUCUAUUCUCUGAUAGAGCAAUCUGAGUUUAUGAUCUUUGCUUUAGCUAAGAUUUCUGGACUGACCCCUUGCAUAUCUCAAAUCAAGAAAUCACUCACUUAUUUCUUCAGCAUGAAUUUUGGUCUUGUGAUUCAAUUUUCUGACUUGGACAUAUGACUGUCCUUCUUUCAGCUGCCACUGGACUGGGUAAGGCUGUUACAGCAGGUUUCACAAGAAUACGUGGGUUAAUUUUACCUGAUUUGAUAUUGCCCUCUUCUGCUACCCCACUGUGCUUGAGAGAGAGAUUCCACAUUCUUCACUUAGCCUUCUCAUUAUUAUAGCUCAUUUAUGGAAUAAAACAAUUUUUUAU